GCAAGCUUGGGUACAAGCUACGACAGACAUGUGACGAAGCACUGCGAAUAUCAGAUGAUCUUGUUUAUCGCUGGGUCAGGAGGAUCUGUGGCCCAGAGGCUUUCUGUUUCGGAAUGCUAUUCUACGUACCAUGUCUGUAAUCAAUGAAACGAGAUGCGAAUGCUGCUGGGCGUUGGUGGAGUGCAGGCGAUCGGGAAUAUAUGAUUGGCUCGUUUCGCAAAUUUUGCGUGGGGCAAGGACACAACGUCUGCCGGUUGACACGGCAAGCCAAAGAUCAGAGGCGGAGUCGCUACACUGCUCGAUAGCGACUGUUGCUAGUGUAUAUGUACGCUGGUCAGGUGGAGGUCAUCUUUCAGCCAGCCACCCUCGCACGGCACCAAGCAGAGAAAAUCAGGACAGUCGCCCUGCCAGCUCUGCUGCACGGCCAAAGCUCGUCCCGCAAGGCAUUACCAAGACGUCCCUUCUCGUUUCCAGCAAGCUGGGCUCGAAACAACCCAGGUUCUCCUUGCGGCAAACAUUGCGGGCUGUCCGAAUGCAUUGCCCUCGGCAUCACACGACCACUUUCCCGGUCUUUGGCGAGGGAUACAGGUGUAUGCAAAAGGGAGGGCUGGUUGCACAGCGUCUGCAGCCCGCCGCUGGACGUCUGGCUGGCCCGGUCUGGGAAUCGAGGCUCUGCAUUGUUGCUGCAGACCAAACAGGUGGAGGGCCCGUCGCUCCCGCCUCGCACUUUUGACAGCUGUGCGCACGCCAAACAACUCGGUGUCAAAUCUCCAGUCCCCGCUGUUUGCCCGCACCGUUUUUGCUCGGCGACAGGCCGGGCGCCAUCAUCUUACUAGCUGUCCUGCCGCACCUGAAAGAACGCCGGUUGGCACCUAAGAUGCAGACAGGGCCGUGCUUUCCACUGGCUAAGAGUAUCUGCUCUCGAUUUGGGCAGG